CAGAAGAACAGGCCCAAGAAGUCAGCUUUUUAGAGCUCAGCAGAUCUGAUGAAUUUAUUAAAGAUGGCAUGGAAGAGCAUUGGUAUAAUGCAAAUGUGCAGAUUUCUUCUCUUAGUGAUUUUAUUUCUGCCACAUGAGAUGACAAGUUCUGUUUUAACUGUGAAUGGUAACACUGAAAACUAUACUCUGGACACCCAGAGAGGCUCGCAUGAAUCUCUGACAUGUGCUGUUGAAAACCACACCAGUAAUGAAGAACUUCUCUGGUACCGAGAAGAGCAGAGCGUGGAUUUGAACUCUGAAAACAAAAUCAACUCCAGCUCUGUCUGUGUCUAUCCCAUCAGUGAAGAUGACGAUGGAGUCAGCUUCACCUGCAAGCUGAAGAGGGAUCAGACGGUGUCCAUCUCAGUUGUGCUGAAUGUUACAUUUCCUCCUCUCCUAAGUGGAAACGACCUUCAAACAGUUGAGGAAGGCAGUAACGUGAAGUUGCUUUGCAAUGUGAAAUCCAACCCCCAGGCUCUAAUGAUGUGGUAUAAGAACAGUAACAUCCUGAAUUUAGAGAAAGAUCGUCACGAAAUCCAACAGACGAGUGAGUCUUUUCAGCUGUCAAUCACCAAAGUCGAAAAAUCUGACAACGGAACCUACAACUGUAUUGCAAUUUCAACUCUGCAAACGGAGACCAUGGACUUUCACCUGAUUGUUACAG